AUCGCUGACAAGCUGGUCGGUUAACAGUGAGCCCUCCCCGCAACCGCUCGGGAUCAGGGUUUGCCCCUUCUGACCGGCACCAAUCUGAGAUGGGUAGACGGAGGGGGCGGGAAGGUUAGUUUGAAGAGGGCAGAGCUUUGCGAGCGGACGCCGAUUUCCCUAUUAGGCUAUUUCACCGCUGGAAGAAAAUAAAAGCCAAAGCCAGUAGAAAAUAACAGCUUAGGGAGAAAUCAGUCGGACCACACGUCAGAACCUCAUUAACUCCAAGGAAAGCCAGCCGGCAGAGAGGAGAAACAGCAAGAACGCAUCCCUUAUUGCUGCUGCUGGAGUCCUCUGUUUGAACUGCUAUGGCUGCUGCACAUUGGAAGCCUAAAUCACUGGACUUGGGCUGGUGGAUCAUUCUCCUGCUCCUCAACCUCCUUCCCGAGGCCAGGGCAGUAGUUGGACACAGAGAGCCGUUGCCUGAUGAUAGUAGAGACAAUAUAACCAUUUUCACCCGAAUCCUCGACAGGCUGUUGGAUGGAUAUGACAACAGGCUACGUCCUGGACUGGGAGAGAGCGUGACAGAAGUGAGGACAAACAUCUAUGUGACGAGUUUUGGGCCAGUGUCGGAUACAGACAUGGAGUACACCAUUGAUGUCUUCUUCCGUCAGAGUUGGAGGGACGAGAGGCUGAAGUUUGACGGGCCCAUGCAAGUUUUACCCCUCAACAACCUCCUGGCCAGUAAGAUAUGGACUCCGGAUACAUUUUUCCACAACGGAAAGAAAUCAGUGGCCCACAACAUGACGACUCCUAACAAACUGCUACGACUAGUCGACAACGGAACGCUUCUCUACACGAUGAGGUUGACCAUUCAUGCCGAGUGCCCCAUGCACCUAGAAGAUUUCCCGAUGGAUGCACACGCCUGUCCUCUGAAAUUCGGAAGUUAUGCUUACACAAAUAACGAGGUGAUCUACCUGUGGACCCAGGGAGACGAGAGGUCUGUUGCUGUUGCAGAAGAUGGCUCCAGGCUGAACCAGUAUGACUUACUGGGACACGUUAUUGGCAAAGAAACCAUCAGUUCCAGCACAGGAGAAUACGUAGUGAUGACAACAUAUUUCCAUUUGAAAAGGAAAAUUGGCUAUUUUGUGAUUCAAACCUACCUCCCGUGCAUCAUGACUGUCAUACUGUCUCAGGUCUCCUUCUGGCUAAACAGAGAAUCGGUUCCUGCUCGCACUGUAUUUGGGGUCACCACUGUCCUAACCAUGACCACCCUGAGCAUCAGUGCUAGAAACUCCCUUCCUAAGGUGGCCUAUGCCACAGCCAUGGACUGGUUCAUGGCUGUGUGCUAUGCCUUUGUCUUCUCUGCCUUGAUUGAGUUUGCCACAGUCAACUACUUCACCAAGCGCAGCUGGGCAUGGGAUGGGAAAAAAGAGGGCAUGGAAAUAAGGGAACCGUUUCAGGCUAACAUGGCCAGGAUUAACGAUAUGAGAAGAGAAUCUACGACCUUGUCCAAAAAGGCAAACAACACCUUCAACAUUGUGGGAACCACCUACGCCAUCAACGUCGCUAAAGACCAAGGUUUAACGACCAUUUCCAAGAGUGCCGCUGGAGCGUCGGCCAAACAGCCCUAUCUCCAUAAAAUGGAAGACCCCUACAUGGAGGCCAAGAAGUCCUACAACCGUGUCAGCAAAGUGGACAAGAUAUCACGCAUCAUUUUCCCAGUUCUGUUCUUCAUCUUCAACUUAGGCUACUGGGCCACAUAUGUCAACAGACAGCCCGCUAUCAUGAAGGCAAACAACUUAAACUGAAUUUGACCGAAUGCUAGGCUUGAUCUGGUUUGGUUUGGAGGGUAGACAGGUUUGCAGGAGGCCAAGUCCAUUACAUCUUAUUGUGUGUAUGUGUGUGCGCGCGUGUUUUGUGGGUCUGUUUUUUCUUAUGAUAUUUUGCACGUCUGUUUAGAUGGAAGGCAAAUUUUAACAUACAGUAGAUUCACAUAGAGUAGUAGACCUUGGAAGGAGAACAUUUUCACAUCAGACUGUGUUUGUCUAGCAUUUCUUUUCUCCCCCUCCACACUCUAGCACUGUUCCCUGUUGUGAGUAACCAAGUCUCCCUUUGCUGUAUCUUGAUUGCUUGCCGUUUUGUAGAGUAGUCAAAUUGUGGUUUCACUAUGUUUUGACAUGUUUGCGCUUUGCUUAUAAUAAGUUAGAGCAAGCAUGCGUUUGAAGUUUUCAUUGUAGAUCAUUAGCAAUGAUAUGGUUUUGACACAUGCAUCAAGUUAACAACGUGCAUGCAUGCACGCAGACACAGACACACAGUGACGCAUCAGAAAAUGCCACAAGAGCCAUUCGUCCGUUGCUUUACCGUGCUCGGUUUGCCGGGGGCAGCCUGUAUAGUUCCAUAGGAACAUCGUUAAUAAUCGUCAGUGUCUGGCCUUCAGCUCACGCUGAAUUUCAACAGACCCAAUGCAGUAUCAUCUGGAAUUGCCAUCACGUCCCACGGGACUGCCUGUACAUUUUCUAGUACAGUGGCUCUAAUUGUUUUAACUGGCUGAGUAUGCUCAAUGACAGAAAAGCUAUGUGCCUUGGUGAAUACACACAUUAUAAAGUAAAAGGCUUUAACACGCUCACAGUUGCAUUUACAGCACACAUAUGCACAAUGGUCUGUGUGUAUAUUACAUGCAAACAUAUACUGGUGUCCACAGGCUCCGUGCACAGCAGUAUGUGGCUGAGACCCACCCACUCACAGCCCAUGGGCACAGAGUGUAAAAUUGCCCAUUAGUGUGGAAGGUUAACAGACCUCUGCCUGUGAGAAGUUGAAGCAAAGAGAUU